GCCCCAGCGCGGCAGCGGUUAAAUGCCUGCCCGCCGGCCCCGGGGCACGCACAGCCCAGGGCACCCAGCGCAGGGGUCGGCCGGCCCCCGCCACCAGCACCCAGCGCCCGAGGCAAAGCCGGCUUCAGCGACGCUGCCAGCUCCGGGGACUACUAUCAACAUGAAGACCAUGUUCUUGAUAAUCUUCCUCUGGGCUUUAGCCUACGCUCACCCUGUGCCUAACCACAUGUCUGCUUAUCCCAGGAGCUCUGAAGAGCAGGAGGACACAGCGAGCGAAGAAAACAUGAAUGAGCUGGCUGGCUUGGAUGAUGGGGAUGACAGAAGCCUUCAUACCAGUAGAGAAAGGGGAGAGAUGGACACUGCGGAGGACUCCAAUGACCAGGAUCCGGCAGAUGGAAAUGACGUUGAUGAAGAGAUCGCCGAGCACAACGGUGGUGCUGAGAGAAUCAGAAUUAGGGAGGCUCAGCAUAAGAACUGGGUCGAUCAUGAGGACACGAGUGACCAGGAUGAGGUAGAAGACGAACAUGAAAAUAGCCUUGGCCAACACCUGGAUGAGAAGCGUUUCCUGGAGGAGGAUGUGCACGAUGCUGAUAAUGGUGACAAGGAAGACUACUAUGACGCCGAAAGCCACGGGUCUGAAAACUACAACGUUGGAGGCAACGGGCUUUUCUACAGACCCACUGGAUUCUUCCCCAGAGGGGGCUACAGGGAGAGAAGUGACUUCGUAGAUGAGGAGGACGACAGCGGAGAUGAUACUUUUGAUGAGAACGAGGGAGAGGAGAAGGGCGAAGGCCCUACUUACACCGUUCGCCCUAACGAAGCGGGUGAACACGACACCUUUGGUGACAAUGACCAAAAUGGGGACCGCAGGGAUACUGUUAUGAGCAGAAAACAACACGACAGCAGCAGCAGCAGCAGUGAAAGCAGAAGCCUGGAUCACAGGGAGUACAGAAACUAUAUUGCCAGCAGGUAUGGCCGAACCUACAGAAGGGGAGGCGACAGCGACAGCAGCAGCCAGGAGGAGAGGUAUGAUUUUGACAACGAAGAAAUGCAGGGCGAUGACCCAUCCAUCUUUGAUAGUUUUGGCAGCAACUCCAAAGGGCUCCGCGCCGCCUUUCGGUCCAAGGAGAGCAGCCAGGAAAGCAGCUGGGAGGCAGGCAAGGCGGUGCUGAGGGUCAGCGAUCAAUCAGAGGAAGAGUCCCGCAGCAAAGAGCUCCCGGAUGGGCCCGACGACUCAGAAGAGGAUGACAGCCUGCAACAUGACGACAGCAAGUCUGUGGAAGCAGGAGACGCUGACUCCAGAGAAGACAGCCAGUCUGCAGAAGACAGGAGUGAGUCUGAAGAGCACGUUACCAGUCAAUCGAAGGAAAACAGUGCUGACAAAUCCAGGGAAGAUGUGGACAGCCGCUCCAGAGAAGAUGUGGACAGCAAAUCCAGGGAGGAACUUGCCAGCCAGUCGGAUGAAGACAGCAGGGAACCACAGGAAGACAACUCCAAAGAAGUGCUCAGCAAAUCAAAUGAACGCAGUGGUAGCAAGUCUGAAGAGGGUCAGGAAGACACAGAGUCGGCUGAGGACAACAGCAAGCCGUCUGGGCUUGACAGUGAAUCCGCAGAAGACGAGGGGGAUCAGAGCAAAUCCAGAGAGGAGAGUGAAUCCACUGAGGAGAGCUUGGAGUCGGAAGAGGGCAGGAAUGACUCCAUCUCUGAUGAGGACUCACCGUCUCGCAGCAAGUCAGCUGAGAGCGCGUCCCACGAGGAUGACAGCAGCGAAGAGGGCCCCACCGCUGAUUCCCGCGAGAGCGAAGACAGCACAUCGGUGGAGAGCCAUAACAGCGACUCCAAAGAAGAGGACCGCAGUCACUCUGCAGAAGAGGACAGUCACUCGAGGGAGGAUGCCACGAACGAGUCCGCCAGCCACGGCGACGACAGCUUACCGAGGAGCCUGGAGAGCGAGAAGCGGAAACGAAGGCUCCGUGUCUAUCACAACAAACACGCUGGCGAUUACGAUGACAAUGACUGUCAGGAUGGGUAUUAAAACACACCCUACAAACCCAUCUAUCCUGGACUUCUUUCUGGAGGGAGGAGGAGUAGUUUAAUUUAUUUCCUACAUAGACAGGUUGAAUUCUUCCUGAGAAUAUGCUGUGGACAAAACGGACAAGGGUUCGUAGGGGCUGACCCUUUCAACUGGAGCUUCCUGAAUGUGAAGCGAAACGAAAGGUGGCACCUAGCAUAUGAAAACGUUAAAACUGGAAAGAACACGGUCUAUAGUAUCACACUGAAUUAAUACACACCAGGAACAAAGCAGAAAAAUAGCUAAUUAGGUGCAAAUGCAGAUGAGAUCAAACCUUACUGGGUGAGGGUGGCACGCCAGCGGGUUGGUUCUGCCUUCGUCUCUUCCGUCAUUUCUGGGAGCGUUGCUGAGAGCUGUGCCUGGAUACGCGGGAGGGGACGGUUCCCUGCGGUCACUGCUUGUAUUUACCCCUUCCUUAAAAUCCUUUGCCUAGAUCCCAAAGGGAACUUUAAACUAACUCCGUGUACUGCACACAAAAAGGAAAGCUGUAGCCAAUAUGUGCACACUGCGUGUUGGCUCAGCAUGCGUUACACAGUGUAUGAAGUACCACUUCAGUAUGAGAUGUUUGUAAUAUUUUGUAAUAAAUGUACAGAAAACAGUA